AUGAGUGCUAGAGCCAGAGCACUUAGUAUCACCUGUUUCAAAAAUCCAAAACAGGAUUUACUUAAUUUUAAAGAUCCGGCACUUUGGCAAGAUUCCCAUAAUUAUGCAGAAAUGAUUCUAGAAAAAUGGGUCGAACAGAAUCUUACAGAUAUGGACUUUUCAAUGUCAAAAAGAAAUUUCGGGGAACAACACAGGUAUGCCGGUAAGCAAAUAUUUUAUAAAAGACUUGUUAAUGGAGAGGUGGUUCGCCGCGAUUGGGCAAUUUACUCCGAGAGCACUGGCAAUAUAUUUUGUCUUUAUUGUGUAUUAUUUGGAAAUAAAAAGAACCAAUUUAAAACAGGAUUUUCAUUAUGGAAUAAAAGUAAGGAAAGAUUAGACGAACAUGAAAGAUCCAAUGAUCAUAUAGAUAAUCUGAAAAUGUAUAUGACUCGCUUAUUAAAGCAAGGAAGAGUUGAUGUAGAACUCGAAAAGGAAAUUAGCACUGCGAAAGAAUAUUGGGUGAAAGUACUAGAAAUAAUCAUAAGUGUAAUAAAGUUUCUGGCUACCAGGGAAUUGGCAUUUAGAGGUACUCAUGAAAGAAUUGGCGAAAAACGGAAUGGAAACUACUUAGGUUUACUGGAACUAUUACAAUCUAAGUUGGAGAUUAUUCGCCGAUCUGAUAGUUAUAAAUCUUAUUCAAGAGCAUUUGAAUUUUUGUUUAAACUAAAAGCUACGGAAGAUGAAGAUAUUUUCAGAUUGGCAACCGAAUUACAACAAAACUACAAGGAGGAUUUGGACGAGUAUUUUCCCCAAGAAUGUGUUCAUUUAAAUCAUUUGUUAACGUCUCUUCCCCAAUUAAAAAUAGACACUGCUUUAGAAUUGAUGCACAACUAA